CGACUUCACAGAGCCUUUUUCAACUCCGGCCACUCUCGCCGGUCGUUUCAUGCAGCCGCAGUCCAUGUCGAGCGCACCUAUUGUCAGACCGCAGGCCGGCGAGGAGGUCAGUACGCGGCUGGCAUGACUACCCAUUAGCCAAUCAGAACGCUCGUACUGUCAUUGCCAUAUAAUAAAGCAUAGACAUAUAUGUCUAUGUAAUAAAGAAGCACAUCAAACUAAAGGCACAAAAUGCUUUCGAAGCUAUAAUCCAAACAGUGACGUCAUAUCAAAUGCCGGAUGGAGGUUCAGGACCGCAAGAAUGAAAAAAGAAAAGAAAAAAAGGACCGCAAGAAUGGAACACCAUGGGCGUGUCGCGGGCGACUCGUUUCUCUACUACGCUGAAAAGGAAAGCCAUUCUUUAAUCUACACCCCAUUUGAAUUUUUUUAUGUUUUUCUUUGCCAUCCCAGUUUUGUGCUUAAUAGUUUAGCAUAAUUUUCCUCUUGGACUUCUUGAAUGCACCCCAAACUUGAACGCAUUGAUCAAAAAUACAUCUAAUUGGAUGUUGUGAGCGAAGCCAUUCGUUCACCAAGCGGGUGUGAUUCAUAUUAUUUGACUAGUUAAAACAAAAUAGUUUAUAUUUUGGCAUAUAUAACAAGUAAUCGUAUUCGGUUUGUGAAGGAAAUCGGUAACUGGAAUGUAACACAUGGCAGCAGUUAGCGUUUCCAAGCCGCUCUGUCAUCCGUGCGCUUACGAUGAGAAAUUCAAAGUUGAGCUGCACGUGAAGAGGCCUUUGGUGCCGGUCCAGCUCAGCCCGCAGCAGGUGGGUCUUGAGAUGCUGUGUCUCUGUGGACAGCUGGACCUGCUCAUCAGAGCACAGGUACAUCAGUUCCAGGAGCAGCUCAGGCUAGACUGCAGCCCAGAGGAGUCAGACACAUUCCAGGGUCAGGGAAGUGACAUAAUUGACCUGAUGUUCCAUUUCCUUGAACAUCUGCCUAAGCCUCUACCUCAGCUGGAGGACUACUUGGACAUAGUAGGGCUGUCUGCCAUAUUUCCAAGAGUGGAAGUGUUCCUCCUCCAGGGUAGCCCCGUGGACAUGCUUGAGAAGCCCCUAAUGGAUGAGUACUUCUGUCACAUCUCCAGGCUGAACCAGCUACUUGUGCUUAGCCAGCAACUGCAGGAGGACAUCAAGCACCUAGGGAGCCACAAAUACAUCACUCACCAACUUUCAGUUAUCUAUCAGGUCAUUAGUUCUUUCAAAGGCAUCCAGCCCUUGUGGGUACUUAAGAAAGACAUUGAGAGGAACUUCAAACAGCUGAAGUUGUCCUUGGUGACAGAGGAAGGUUCAAGACAAGAGCCCCAGUUGUCUGCACACUACAUCAGCUGGAUACUGGAGGUAAUGGAGACAAUAACGUCCACUGUGUCCUCUUUACCUGAGGAGCUGAUGGAAGACCUGAAUCCAGCCUUGACCUUCAUCUCCCAGCUUUCCUCCUAGUCAUCUGGCCAACACUUGUCUUCCUCUCUGCCUACAUAUCCUAUAGCCUACAUAUCCUUGUAUGUCCCCUCCACCCAGCCCUUUUCCUCCACAGGCUGCUCUUGUUUUCUGUUGGAACAAACAAUAAGAACGCUUUUUGUUAGGCACAGGCACCAAAUUACCCCUUUCUGAUCUUUACUUUACCAAACAUCUCAAAAGAGAGUGGCAGGCGUACCUUUAAAUUUAAAGCCCCCUCAGACUGGAAUAACCUACCAGGGUCUCUAAGAUCUAUCACUUCUUUGCACUCCUUCAAAAUAUCCCUUUAUAAUCACUUACAAGCAAAUUAUCGCUGUAAAUGUUUUGCUCAUGUUUGACUGGACUUU